AAUAUGGAGAAACAAGUCACGUUACUGUCAUCGCAGCUCUUUCAGAAGCACAGGCAGGUAGAAGUAGUUCUCGGUCGCAGUGUUUUGGCGUGGAAACCGGUUGAGAAAAGUAGAAAACCAUGCUCGGGGACUUGUGACUCAGUUCACAGCUAUUCUGUUGAGGUGUGUGAAAUUGUUGCUGUCCGCAAGACAGAAGACGAUGACCAAGACGCUGCACAGACUGGGAAACAUCAAAAAAAGACAAAACAGCUGUAUCCCUUUGCAUUCACAGUUUCCUAUGUGCGAAGGACACAACAGCACCAGUGGCGGUGUAGUGAGGUCACCUUUCACUGUGACAACCAGGCACUCUGCGAGGAGUGGGUCCAAGUUACAAAUGAGCAGCUAUCACUACUCACCAAUCGACCAAAGAGCCUUCUGGUAUACAUCAAUCCAUUCGGUGGAAAGCGCCGUGGGAAACGUAUUUACGAGCAGAAGGUGGCCCCAAUGUUUCGCCUUGCCGGCAUUGCGACCACUGUGAUUGUUACAGAGCGUGCCAAUCAUGCUGAAGACCACUUGAAAACAGAGGCCAAUCUAGAUAAAUAUGAUGGGGUGGUGUGUGUUGGUGGAGAUGGGAUGUUCAGUGAAGUCCUUCACGGGCUGGUUGCCCGGACGCAAAAUGACCACGGUGUUGACCAGAACCAACCGGAUGCUGAAUUGGUGCCAUGUUCUUUACGGAUAGGAAUCAUUCCUGCAGGGUCUACUGACUGUAUCUGCUUUGCUACAGUGGGAACCAACGAUCCAGUUACUUCUGCUUUACACAUCGUUGUGGGUGAUUCGCAGCCAAUGGAUGUGUGUUCAGUUCAUCACAAUGACGUCUUUCUCAGAUACUCGGUGUCAUUGCUUGGCUACGGCUUCUAUGGAGAUGUGCUUUCAGACAGUGAGAGGAACAGAUGGCUUGGCCCUGCCAGAUACGACCUGGCAGGUGUGAAAACCUUUCUGAGCCACAACUACUACGAGGGCACCGUCUCUUUCCUCCCCGCCGAGGACGACGUGGGGAAUCCGAGGGACAAGCUGCAGUGUCGAUCCGGGUGCAGCAUCUGUCAGCACAACCUCUCAUCAAAAGACACGCACAGCAACGUGUCGGAGGAGAAGGAAAAGCCAGGCAAAGAUGACAGCAGUGACUGGAAUGAGAUCCAUGGAAAGUUUAUUGCCAUUAACGCAGCCAACAUGAGCUGCGCUUGUCCUCGAAGUCCUAAAGGCCUGUCACCCUUCGCCCACCUCGCUGACGGCAAUGCAGACCUGAUCCUGGUGAGGAACUGCUCCCGCCUGGACUUCUUCAAACACCUUCUUCGACACACCAACAAAGACGAUCAGUUCGACCACUCUUUUGUAGAGGUCCACCGGGUGAGGAAGUUUCGCUUUGAGCCAGAGCGCCACAUACUGGUUUCACUGGAAGACCUGAGCGAGCCUGCAACAAAGACUGGCUACAGCACUCCCCUUGGCAGCUGGAGCUGCGAUGGGGAGAUCCUGCCUGAGGUUGCCAUUCAAGUCAGUGUCCAGUGCCAGUUGAUCAGGCUGUUUGCCCGUGGUAUUGAGGAACAGCAGCAGCAGCAGUGUGUGUCGGACGACCCGUGUACCCUCAGUGCCUUGGAGCCAAUCACAGACUAGUCAGUGGAUUGAGAGCUGAACAGGACAUUUAGCUGUUCAAAAACAACUUAGUUGAACUUGGCAAAGUUUCCUGGAAAAACGCAUUUGUCAUAUCAGUUUAAAUCCUAAAUGCUGAUGUCUCCUUGCCUCCUAUCCUUGCAAAAAAAAAAAAGGGAAUGAAAUUUAAAGGUGUUGAAAAAUGCAAGGGUAAAAAGCACUUCAGCAUCCCAUUAAGAGGAUGGAAAAGUUUCAUUCAUUUCAUUUCAUGUUUUCAAGUCAACGAGUCAUUUUCCCUUUGACAUUUGGGGCUUUUCAGGUACAAAAUUGCCUCAUAGAGCUUGAAGUAAGCAGAGAUAUGAUGUGCCUACUGCUGCCACAUUGAAACCCAAAAUGUCAGGUUUUGUAUUUGUACUUUUUGGAAAAUUAAGAUGUCCAAGCUCAAAGGAUCUGAAGCAGGGGAGUCCACACACACACAGACACACGCACAAACAGAUGAAACUGGACUUAACUAUCCCAGAAGGUCUUUACCCUGCCAUGAAGGAGAAUAUAAAUGGGAUUUCUCCCUACACAGCAUGGACAGAGAGCCAAGGAGAUGCAGCUCUGUAAGAAGGAUGAAGAAUAAUCCCUGUGAAGUACACUGAUAAACUGAAAAGAGUAGAGAAAAAAGUAGCAAAAAAAACAAAUCUCUCCUUUUAGGGGGAGAAGGGGAAAAAAAUCAUUUCAUCUGUGACCCAGGUGGAAGCAGAUAUGAGCCAGGGGCACUAAUGAAAAGGACUGAGUACCCUGCUAAUACACUAACAGGACCCUGGUGACUGCUGGGUGAUAAGGCAAAGUGGUUGCUAAGUGAUUUGGUGUGUCUGAGCACCGCUGCGCUGCACCUGUGGCUCUGAGUUCUGCUCGUCUCUGGCUAAACUACCAACAGUUUAAUCAUCACCUGGGAUUAGCUAAAAUUAUCCAUUGUUAACAUCAUUAGAGAUAAUGUAUUGCUUUGCUUUGAAAUUGGUCUUGUUCAGCUUUUUCCUUUUUUUUUCUUUCUUUUUUUUUUUUGUUUGAGGUCAAGCUGGUCUUGAUAUCCCCGGAGAACGGUCGCCAGCAAAUAAGAAGAAGCUUCUAUUUUUACAGUGAUUAUAUAAAACUGUGUGUAUGGUAAUAAUACAUGAGGGUUCAUGUAUAUGUGAUUAAAGUAAAAGUGGGUUUUCUGCAGGUCCUUCGGGAUUCGUGCGUGUGUGUGUGAAGAUGCCAGUGAUGAUGAUCAUUUAGAUUUUAUUACUUAGGGGCUCAUAGCUGCCAUUUUACAGAUGGUGUCUCACCAUAGUUGAGAUGCUUCAGAUUGGAGUUUGUUUGUUUGUUUGUCCCCCAUUUUGGAUGUGUGACAAUUAUGGUUACAACAUAGGGUCAAGUGAAUAAAGCCUUAGUCACACAGACCUAGAGAGCAGUUAGUGACUCCCUGGAAACCACCAGUCACUAGGGAAGAUAUGUAAUCCCUGACCAGCUGGACAAAACCUCCUUAGCAGUGCUUUGAUAGGUAGAAGAUUGCCUUGUUCACCGGUAAUUUGCAUGGAUUAUGCAAGUUUGCCAACUACUCUCCAAGCGGUAGUAAGGCCGUUAAAAGUAUGAUACGAACCGAAAUUGAAGCUGUUGACCUUGUAAAGAAAAUUUGCACUUAAUUAAGUGUGUUUGCUGUAGCACUGAGGCACUUUUACUAUGAAGGCAAAUAUUUUGUUUCUGGUUUGCUUUGCACUUUUGCGAGUUUUGCUGCUUGGCUAGCAGUGAAAUGGUAAAUGGUAAAUGGCCUGUAUUUGUAUAGCGCUUUACUAAUCCCUAAGGACCCAAAGCGCUUUACACAACCAGUCAUCCACCCAUUCACACACUGGUGAGGGCAAGCUACAUUGAGUGAGCAGUGAGUUAAUAUUUAUUUAAAAAAGCUGGCAUCCUUCAUGAAAAGUACAGGCUUGCAACCAAAGAAAAUCACAGCUAAAAAGCUCUUGGUUGCCCUCUUUGCAACCAGUUACAAACUAUAGCAACUAUACGCUAAACUUUUUACUCAGAGAUUGAUGGUUGUAUCAUGUCCAAUAUUUUAGACCACAGAGAAAUAUGUGCAGGAUGUCUUGUGAGAAAUUUUUAUAGAUGACCAAAUGCACAAAUGUAACUAAUGCAAUAAUCGGUACCUUUUUUCUGUCAGACCUCUUAAAACACAAACAUUUUAGCUUUUAAAAAGCUUGAUUUAACGUUAUUUGUCAUUAACGAGCAUUAAUUUUGUGUAUGUAAUGUUCAUACGGUAUAAUUUCAAGAAGAUAAUAUAAAACAACAUUAAAUCCCUUUUAAUUUUGUGAUGGAAUCUAAAAAGGUAACAAGCCAUGGAAGUUGAAUCCAAGUUAAACUUUUUAAACCUUUAUUUACAUUUUUCCACCAAUGCUUUUCCUGGUGUUUGGUCCAAUUUCUGUGCACUUACAAUUGUAUUUUGAUUAACUGUCAUAUCCAGAGUCAAAGGUUAACGCUUGCUAUCUUUUCAGAUUAUCAAUCUGAUGCUAAAUGAAUUAGCUCGCCAUCUUAGCUGCUGUUGUCACGUAGAAACUUAAGCACUCUUUAAGCAAAGAAAGAGUCAAGCAUCAACUUUGAAACAGACCAAAUCAGAGCAAAAUCUUGUAAAACCAUAAAUGAUGCUACUUUCCAACAGUUAUAAAGUAGUUGAUGUGAGAACAAGCGCUCUUUCAUGUUGGCUCUAUGCAGCUGGCUGCUCAAGUGCUCACAACUAAAAACAAAGAGAUGGUAACGUCACACAUUACUUGUUGGUUAAACUAUUAGAUGUAGUUUUUAAAAAAAAAAAAAGGUUUUUGCAACUUUGUCUGGGAAUUUUAUUGGAAUAAAACCACCACUGUGCACUUACUGGGAUAUGUGCUAUUGUGUGUUAUCACAUUAGGGCUUCUUUCUAUUGCCUUGCUUAGCUGCCUUCUUUUCAUGGGUCCAGUUAGGCGACGGCUGUUUAUCAGACUAUUGCACUGUGUGCAUUACUGUCUGCAGGCACGGAUACUGUUUUUUAGUGUAUGAUAAAGUAUACAGUUAAUUUAAUUUUGACUCUUCAUACUUUAGUACACACUGUACACAAAACAAGCUGUGAUGUAACUAGAUAUGUUUUAUAUAACGAAGACCUGCAAUAAAGUGGUUUUGAA